AUGGAGAAGUUUCACACAGAUAACGUGGAGAACAUAUUGGAGAAGCUUCACACAGAUAACAUGGAGAACAUAUUAUGUCGAUUGCCAGUGGAGACAGCUUUACAAGCCAAACGUGUAUGCAAAACAUGGAGAUUUCUCCUCCGUAAGAAGACUGAUAAGGUAGGUUUGCUUUUCUUUUUUUCAUACAAGAAUGCAAACGAUGCCCACCUUUGGUAUGGCGAUCAGCUGAAAUACAAUUUCUCACUUGAUAAGAUGCACAACGGAAACCUUGUUCUAAAUUUUGAAUUCACAGAGAUAAUGCUUGGGUCGUGCAAUGGUUUGGUUUGUUUCCGAACAGGGUAUCCAAAUCUAGAAAGUAAUUUUUUAAUUUGCAAUCCCUUAACUGGAGAAGUUUUUUAUGCUCCUAAACCUAAUAAAUACAUAGAUCCCAGUUGGGGUCCGGUUGCUAAAAGUGGAUUUGGUUAUUGUCAAUCAACGAACGAGUACAAGAUUGUUAGAAUCCACUCGGAAACUAAGGAGUACCAUGUCCAAGUUUAUACCGUCGGUGGUGGUGAGUGGAGAAGCAAAGAUUCCAUCAAUUUUCAAGAAAUAACAUACAAAGAAUCCAUCCUGACUUCUCCAUUGCAUUCAGUAGGUAUCUACGCCAACGGAGCUAUUCAUUGGCUGCACCUCCGAUACCGGGGACCUAAAUACAAAGAAUGCCGCCAUGAUUGUGCAAUUGUAGCUUUCGACUUGGAAGAUGAGAAUUUCCAGUUUCUCACACUGCCACGUCUUGAAGAUGUCAAAUACCGCACUUUUCCGGGCCCCAAUUUGCUUGGCCCCAAGUUACUGGGAGGGAAGAAUCUGUAUUUCGUGGAUACAUUCUAUGAUCAGCAUUGCACGGAUAUUUGGGCAUAUAAGAGAACGAGUACCAACACCACUAAUGGUUGUGACAUGAGGGAAAACUACAACGACAAGAACUCCUGGCACUGGAUCAAGGAGUUCAGUAUAGAGUGGGAAGAGCAGUACUGGAAAUAUCUACAGUUCUUUGACCUUUUGUCAAUUACAAGGAACGAUGAGCUUCUAUUGCGUUGCUUUAUGACUCUCUAUCGCUAUGAUCUUAAAACAUCGACUUGGAACGAAUUUUACGAUGCUGAUGGUUUGGGCUGCAAAAUGAUAAAUGUAAUUCCUCAUGCAAACAGCCUGGUUUCGUUGAAAGAUCUUGCAGAAGGUCAGGAUCGUCAGUAUCCCUUGGACGACUCUAGGGUGCAUGGAAAGUACAGCUAA